AUUGAUAAAAUCAGCUGGUAUAAUUUCAUAACCCUACGCUGUGAGAUUUGUAUAUUUUGACAUAAAACAUAAAAAUGCGGCUUACAAAUAAAUUAUAUGCACAACAUAUUGGUUGGCAUUUUAAAAAGCACUGGCAGGUUCAAGGAAGGCGCGUGCCGAAGGAGACAGGUGCUGCCGCUGAGCUUCUGAAAAUGGGAAUUCAAUUAAAAACGCCGGAGGAAGUGCUGAAUCCACCAAUAGAGUUCCAGUCUGUUGACAUUGUUGGAGCAGUCCGGAAGCCGAUUUCUGAAGACCAAUCUCAUCCAAACUGGCAUUCAACCGCGUGCCAUCGCUUUGGGGAUAACAAUGUGCUACUUGGUGGAUUGCCGCAAGCCCAAGUGCUGACAAAUACGAUUGAAAUAAAUAGUUUUCCACAAAAAAUAGAGGAUGCUAUACUAAGCGGACAGUAUUCAAAGGUCGUUGAUCGAAAUGUUCAAAAUGCUAUAUUUUCAUCCCAUUUGCUGGAUGCGCAACAAGUGAAACUGCCAAAGACACGACUAAUUGAUCGACCAGCAUAUGUUUUACCACGCCUUUACGGAAUCUCCCACGAAAGACGCAAUCGCCUCGUAAUAAACAAGCUUCUGUUUGAAAUCGAGAAAUUAUGUGGCCGCUCUGUGACUUUGAGUCGGAAGCUAACUGAUUAUGUCACAUUUCAAACUUCAUUAUCUAAGGACAAUGAUUUACUCGCAUUUACAAUUAGUGGAGAUAAAUUAAUAAGCUCCACCCGUGCUUUGGAUGCUGUUAAGGGUAAAUUUAAUGGAGAAUUACCAGAUUUGUAUCCGGUCAAGUGCACAGUUUCAAUGCAAAAGCAGCACAUAUACACGGAGAAAAAUUUCUAUCCAAUUCGCUCAGAAAUAAGCUGCUCCCAUCCACAUACAAUUAUAACGUUUUUUGAUAAAACAAUUGUGAAUAACGUACACGGUGCUGAUGUAACAAAAAGUCAAUUUUAUGGACGUACUAUGCUGAAGGCUUUUAUUGCAGCUGUAGCCCGCGCUAAACAGUUGCACGGUGGUUCUGCCAAAGGGGAUCUUCAGAAACCUAUUGUUGUACAAUGCGUGCAGACGGACGGAAGAGUGUUUCAUUUUGGGGUGUUCCAACUUAACACUCUUAAUCUAAACUCUAACAGCACAACGAAAAACUAUUGGUUCCAUCGACAAAGUGUAGAAUUGUUUACGGAAUGUUGUUAUAAAUCUGGAAGACCACAUAUAGAGGGGUUCAACAGCGAACCUUUUUAUAUAUUAAACGCGUUUUAUCACAACGUUUAAGUAUAACCUUAACUUCCUUUCAACAAAUAAAUAUU